CUUGUCAGCAAUUGCUUGAGACAAGCUUCCAUGUGUGAAAGCUACUUGGCAUGAAUGCCUGGGCCGUACCAAGUGUCACCGCAGCAAGAGGGGGAGUCAGAAGAAAAACAGAUCAGACCAGAGCAGACAAUAGGCCCCUAAAGUGUUCCCCCUAAGUUGCUUUGAUGUUGUCCUAGUGUCUUGAUACAAGGAGGCCAGGGAUUGCAGGAAAAGGGUCUUUUUUGUCUUCAUUCACUUUCCCCCCUCAGUUUCUGAAAUGAUUCUCCAGAAUUUUUCCUCAUAAAAAAGACAAGGACCUGAAGAUGAGGGACUUGCUUCACCAGGACUGAAUGUGGGAGUAGUUGGUGUCACUCCACUUUGACCUAAAAAGUCCCUUCUGUUUGAGAGGCAGAGAUCACUCUUGAAAUGUUCCUCUGUGUCCUGAUGUAGAAGAGAAAGCAAAUUGGACAUCUUGAAAGGUGAGGGUCGCCUUUGAGAGAGGGGCUCCUGGGCUCCUUGAGCUCCUCCCUUCCAGAAUGAGCACUGCAGUACCGUGACCCUUGGGGUUCUGAGUGCCCUGGAGAUGCGAGAUUUUCCUUUGGCAGCAGGAGGCACACACCCGGAGGAUGCUGGACCUGCAAGGGGAAAGGACCUACUUCCACAGCAGAGAAAAACAAAGAGGAAAAAGGCAUACAGGUGGCCAGCACUAAGGGACGCACCCAGCAAGCAGUGGCCCACUGCUGCUGCCUUCAGCAGCAAUUUCUGCUGCAGCCUGAGAGGAACUCGGUGA